AUGCGACCUAUACCAAGAGCAGUCCCACUCCACAGGUUCCGCCCAGGAGGAAGAACAGCUAUCUCCGCACGGGCGCCGUUCGCUCGAUACAAUCAUGUAGAGGCCACGCGGCCAGCUCGCGCCGAUUCCAACGGUCGCAGCUCCGUGCAAUGGGGUCUCACGGGUCUCGUCACUGGCAUUGGAGGGUGUCUCCUGGUUUCGCGAUGGCAGUCAUCAGAUUCACCCCAGGUAGAUUCACCAGAGGUCGAUGGUGCGAAGGGUGUUCAGUAUGCGGAUACAGACGCUAUGAUAAAGGGAAUCACGAUAAUUGAGGAGACUUUAGGGAAGGACUCGGUCUCCUGGGAUGAGGAGGAAAUUGCGAUUCAUGGGUAUUCUGAAUUGUCCACUUCGAAUUGCGAGUCCAGGCCGGUGGCCGUUGCUAGGCCGAAGAGUACGGAGGAUGUGGCAUUCAUUGCCAAGAUUUGUACUGCCUUUAAGAUUCCAAUGAUUCCUUUUGCUGGUGGCUCAAGCGUCGAAGGGAACUUCGUGGCGCCGUACUCAGGAUUAACCAUUGACUUCUCGGAUAUGAAGGAGAUCAUCUCGUUCCAUCCGGAUGAUAUGGACGUCGUAGUCCAACCGGGGGUGAACUGGGUUGAACUCAAUACUCUCCUUAAGAAUAGUGGCCUUUUCUUACCACUGGAUCCCAGUCCCACGGCAUUGAUCGGUGGCAUGGUCGCAACCAACUGCAGCGGAACAAAUGCCGUGAGAUAUGGGACCAUGAAGGAUUGGGUCGUCAAUGUCACAGUGGUCUUGGCGGAUGGAAGGGUGAUCAAAACAAGACAUCGGCCACGAAAAACAUCUGCUGGAUACAACCUGACAUCCCUGUUCACGGGGAGCGAAGGGACGCUCGGAAUGAUUACAGAAAUCACACUGAAGCUGGCCACCAUACCGGAGAAGCAAAGUGUGGCCGUUGCCACAUUUCCUUCGAUCCGCGAGGCAGCGGCGACCGCAUCCAAAAUAAUGCGUACUGGGAUCCAAAUUGCUGCUUUGGAGAUGAUGGACGAGACUCAGAUGAUGGUCAUCAAUAAGAACGGAGGAGCAGGGGGUAGACUCUGGGAGGAGAAACCCACGUUGCUAUUCAAAUUCUCAGGAACAUUGAGAGCUAUCAAAGAGGAUGUUGAGCGAGUUCGGACAAUCAGCUCGCAACACGGAGGAGCAAAUUUUGAGUUCGCAAAGAGUGAGGAGGAAAUGAACAGUCUUUGGGCGGCGAGAAAAGAAUCUUUGUGGGCAAUGCUUGCGGUGCGACCGGAGGGUACUCAGAUCUGGUCUACUGAUGUUGCUGUGCCGUUAUCGAGAAUGGCAGAGAUUAUUGACCUCUCUAAGAAGGAAUCAGGCCAGUUAGGGUUGUUCUCGAGCGUCCUUGGCCACGUCGGGGAUGGAAACUUCCACCAAGCCGUGAUGUAUAAUCCGGACGAUCCAGAACAGAAGCAAUCGGUUCGAGACUGUGUGCUGGCAAUGGUACAUAGGGCUGUGGAGAUGGAGGGAACCGUUUCGGGCGAGCACGGUAUUGGCCUCGGGAAAAAGGAGUGCCUGUUAGAGGAGCUGGGACCUGAAACUGUCGGGGUGAUGCGCACCUUGAAGCGCAGUUUGGAUCCUCAUUGCUUGCUCAAUCCAGGGAAAAUCUUCGAUUAG